AUGGUGCUGUCCACGAACGGGGCCAAUUACCUGCCGGCGAUCUGCGCCAACGUCUUCGAAUGUCUCGGCGACGGGCGCGUCGGGGACGCGCUGCUGGCGACCGAGAGGGAGCUGCGGGUCGCGCGCGCGGCGGGCUUCUCUGCCGUCAGGUUCUUCCUGCACGAGGCGCUGCAUUUCAGCCGCGGCGCCGCCUUCCUGGACGACGUGUCGCGCUUCCUGGAGGUUUUUGAGCGCCACGGCGUGGACGUGAUCCUGGUUUUAUUCGACGCCUGCUGGCGCCCAGACUUGGAGGGCGCCGAGCCGAUCGACGGCGUGCACAACAGUGCCAUGCCCCCCCCUGGCGUCUCUCUGUAA